AUGCCCUUCUCCAAUGUCAUGGUGCCCCCCUUUCCUUCCCUAUCCUCCUCCCUCUUCCCCCUCACCUCCUGCCCUCCUCCCCUCUUUCUCAUCUUAACCGCCUCUUCUUAUUCUGCCCUCAGUCCCCCAGGGCCCAGGAGCACUACUGUAAAGUCUAAAAACUCGCUCCUGCACCUGCCCCAUUUCCCACUCAUGCAUUCCAUCCCCCCCCAGGCGACCAGUGCCACCCCCUUGCUUCCCAAGGUGACUCCCUUGCUUCCCAAGGUGACUCCCUUGCUUCCCAAGGUGACUCCCUUGCUUCCCAAGGUGACUCCCUUGCUUCCCAAGGUGACUCUCUUGCUUCCCAAGGUGACUCCCUUGCUUCCCAAGGUGACUCCCUUGCUUCCCAAGGUGACUCCCUUGCUUCCCAAGGUGACUCCCUUGCUUCCCAAGAUGGCUCCCUUGCUUGCCAAGGUGACUCCCUUGCUUCCAAAGGUGCCACUCCCUUGCUUCCCAAGGUGCCACUCCCUUGCCGCACGGCCACUGCUCGUGCCUCUACUCGCGCUACCGCGCGCGCUACUGCUCGUGCAACUAUGUGCGCAGCUGCUCAAGCCCGUGCAGUUGCGCUUGCACCAAUGCUUGCACUGCAGCUACCUCCACACGUGCCGCAACUACUGCCCACGCCACCGCCACUACCUGUGCCCCUACAGAAACGCCAAUGCCCUGCCACCCACGCCGCCACUGCUGCCCAUGCUGUUACCACUUCCUGCACCGCUGCACAACCGACACUGCCCUGCCACUCGUGCCACCGCUGCCCACGGCGCUCCAGGAUCCACGCAACCGCUAGUGCAGCUACGUGUGCUGCAGCCCGCACUCUCAUUGCCAAAGUUGGCCUCACCUCUUCAGCCGCCGUAG